AUGGUUCUGGUCAACCUUACAACUCAGAAACGUCUGGCGGCUUCCGUCGUCGGCUGCGGAAAGCGCAAGAUUUGGCUCGACCCCAACGAGACCAGCGAAAUCUCCAACGCCAACUCCCGUCAAACCAUCCGCAAACUCGUUUCCGAUGGCCUCAUCAUCCGCAAGCCAGUCACCAUGCACUCCCGCGCACGCGCUCGUGAACUCACCGCUGCACGAAGAAUUGGUAGACACCGUGGUUUCGGUAAGAGAAAGGGUACCGCAGAUGCCCGUAUGCCAAGCCAAGUUGUCUGGAUGCGUCGUCUUAGAGUCCUCAGACGUCUCUUAGUCAAGUACCGUGCCAGCGGCAAGAUCGACAAACACCUUUACCACGAGCUUUACCACUUGAGCAAGGGUAACACUUUCAAGCACAAGCGUGCAUUGGUCGAACACAUCCACAGAGCUAAGGCCGAGAAGGCACGUGAAAGACUCCUCAAGGAGGAGAUGGACGCCAAGCGUGCGAAGACCAAGGCUGCCCGCGAGAGAAAGGCAGAGAGAAACCAAGCCAAGAAGGCAGCUCAAUUCGGCGAGGCAGAGGAGACCGAGACAAAGUAA